AUGUUAGGAAUAAGAUCGUCUGUCAAAUCCUGCUUCAAGCCAAUGUCUUUGACUUCUAAAAGAUUGAUCUCUCAAUCUUUGGUGGCUAACAAAUCUACAUAUAGAACGCCCAACUUUGAUGACGUUCUGAAAGAGAACAACGACCCUGAUAAGGGCCGUUCUUACGCUUAUUUCAUGGUCGGUGCUAUGGGUCUCUUGUCUUCUGCUGGUGCCAAGUCGACUGUUGAAACAUUUAUUUCAUCCAUGACUGCCACAGCCGAUGUUCUAGCUAUGGCCAAAGUUGAAGUCAACUUGGCCGCCAUUCCAUUAGGUAAAAAUGUCGUCGUCAAAUGGCAAGGUAAGCCCGUGUUCAUUAGACACAGAACUCCUCAUGAAAUCCAAGAGGCUAACAGUGUGGAAAUGUCCGCUUUGAAGGACCCACAGACUGAUGCUGACAGAGUCAAAGACCCUCAAUGGUUGAUCAUGCUGGGUAUCUGUACUCAUUUGGGUUGUGUUCCAAUUGGUGAAGCUGGUGAUUUCGGUGGUUGGUUCUGUCCUUGUCACGGUUCACAUUAUGAUAUUUCUGGUAGAAUCAGAAAGGGUCCUGCUCCUUUGAAUCUGGAAAUUCCUUCCUACGAAUUUGAAGGUGAAAAGGUAAUUGUUGGUUAA